AGAAGCAAAGGCCAAAAGAAUUGAGAGAAAAAAUGGCGUUAAGGCUUACCCCCUCUCUACUGCCCACUUAUAAUCAUGGAAAACCCAAACUAGCUACACUUUUCAAUUCAAGAUCCAAAUUAUCCUUUCAAUUUCUUUCAAAACCCUUCAGAAUCUUGGAGUUUGAAUCAAGAAAAACGGGUUUAAAGGUGAGUGCUUCCCAAAAAUUGGAAGAGAAGAAUGUAUCGGAUACCCAAUGGAGGAAAGUGUCGGCUGUGUUGUUUGAUAUGGAUGGUGUGCUCUGCAAUAGUGAGGAGUCAUCAAGAAAAGCGGCUGUGGAUGUUUUUGCUGAGAUGGGUGUUCAAGUUACCGUUGAAGACUUUGUGCCUUUCAUGGGCAUGGGUGAAGCAAACUUCUUAGGUGGUGUUGCUGCUGCUAAGGGUGUUGAAGGAUUUGAUACUGAGGCUGCCAAGAAGAGGUUUUUUGAGAUAUAUUUAUUAAAGUAUGCAAAACCGAAUUCUGGCAUAGGUUUCCCUGGUGCCUUUGAACUUGUCUCUCAGUGUAAAAGCAGUGGUCUCAAAGUUGCUGUUGCAUCUAGUGCUGACCGGAUUAAAGUUGAUGCAAACUUGGCUGCAGCUGGUUUACCAAUAACGAUGUUUGAUGCAAUUGUAUCUGCUGAUGCUUUUAAAAAUUUGAAGCCUGCUCCUGAUAUUUUCUUGGCUGCAUCACGGAUUCUUGAUGUUCCCACUAGUGAGUGUAUUGUGAUUGAAGAUGCAUUAGCUGGAGUACAAGCCGCCAAAGCUGCGAAAAUGAGAUGUAUAGCAGUGACGACAACACUAUCAGAAGAUACUCUAAAAGCAGCGGAGCCAUCACUCAUCAGAAAGGAGAUAAGCGAUAUUUCACUUGAAGAUAUCCUCAAUGGUGGCUCUGGUAGCCAUAAUGUGAUGGUGCAGGAAUCUCAAUCCAUUAAUGAUCUAGCUCUCUCUUCCCCUGAAUCCAAUAUGACAGGGAGUAUCACAGAGCUGGAUAAUUAUGUAGCAAGUGGUGCCAUAUCCUCGAUGGGAGGCAGCGGAGCCAUCACUCAUCAGAAAGCAGCGGAGCCAUCACUCAUCAGAAAGGAGAUAAGCGAUAUUUCACUUGAAGAUAUCCUCAAUGGUGGCUCUGGUAGCCAUAAUGUGAUGGUGCAGGAAUCUCAAUCCAUUAAUGAUCUAGCUCUCUCUUCCCCUGAAUCCAAUAUGACAGGGAGUAUCACAGAGCUGGAUAAUUAUGUAGCAAGUGGUGCCAUAUCCUCGAUGGGAGGCAGCGGAGCCAUCACUCAUCAGAAAGCAGCGGAGCCAUCACUCAUCAGAAAGGAGAUAAGCGAUAUUUCACUUGAAGAUAUCCUCAAUGGUGGCUCUGGUAGCCAUAAUGUGAUGGUGCAGGAAUCUCAAUCCAUUAAUGAUCUAGCUCUCUCUUCCCCUGAAUCCAAUAUGACAGGGAGUAUCACAGAGCUGGAUAAUUAUGUAGCAAGUGGUGCCAUAUCCUCGAUGGGAGGGGUGCAGGUUACCAGACGAAAUGUUGUAAGAUAUGGAAGUUUAGGAAUUGCUGCAUCCUGUCUCCUCUUCACUAUUACAAACUGGAAGGCAAUGCAGUAUGCAUCUCCAAAAGCUAUCUGGAACUUGUUAUUUGGCACAGGCAAUCCUCCUUUUGAACAGAAAGAAGAUGCAUCCAGUUCACAGAGGAUUCAACAAUUUGUAAACUAUAUUUCUGAUGUGGAUGCCAGGAAAUCUACGACUAUCGUGUCCGAGUUCCCAUCUAAACUUGAUUGGCUGAAUACAGCCCCCCUUCAGCUAGGCAGGGAUUUGAAAGGAAAAGUUGUUCUUUUGGACUUCUGGACUUAUUGCUGCAUUAACUGUAUGCAUGUACUGCCAGAUCUGGAGUUUCUGGAGAAUAAAUAUAAAGAUAUGCCUUUUGUGGUUGUGGGGGUGCAUUCAGCUAAAUUUGACAACGAGAAGGACCUUGAAGCCAUCCGUAGUGCUGUAUUACGCUAUGGAAUCACUCAUCCAGUUGUCAAUGAUGGAGAAAUGAAUUUAUGGCGGGAAUUAGGUGUCAAUUCGUGGCCAACAUUUGUUCUUGUUGGGCCAAAUGGAAAGCUCUUGGCACAAAUAGCUGGCGAAGGUCAUAGAAAGGAUCUUGAUAACUUAGUCGAGGCUGCUCUUCUGUUCUAUGGUAAGAAGAAGCUCUUGGAUAGCAAACCCAUUCCCUUGCGCUUGGAGAAAGAUAAUGAUCCCCGCUUGUUAACAUCUCCUUUAAAGUUCCCCGGUAAGCUGACAGUUGAUGUCCUCAACAACCGGCUAUUUAUUUCAGACAGCAAUCAUAACCGAAUAGUAGUAACUGAUCUAGAAGGAAACUUUUUAGUCCAAGUUGGAAGCACAGGAGCAGAGGGUCUUCGUGAUGGUAACUUUGAUGAUGCAACAUUCAAUCGUCCACAGGGUUUGGCUUACAAUGCGAAGAAGAACCUCUUGUAUGUGGCAGAUACUGAAAAUCAUGCUUUAAGGGUCAUUGACUUUGUUAAUGAGACAGUGCGGACCCUUGCGGGAAAUGGAACAAAAGGUUCUGAUUAUGAAGGGGGAGGAACUGGAACUGCACAGCUUCUCAACUCUCCAUGGGAUGUCUGCUUUGAACCUGAGAAUGAAAUUGUCUACAUCGCAAUGGCUGGUCAGCAUCAGAUCUGGGAACACAAGACAUCGGAUGGAGUUACAAGAGCUUUCAGUGGGAAUGGUUAUGAGAGGAAUUUGAAUGGCUCAAGCUCUACAAGCACGUCAUUUGCUCAACCUUCUGGGAUUUCCUUGUCACGAGAUCUUAAGGAGGCAUAUGUUGCUGAUAGUGAGAGUAGCUCCAUUCGGGCAGUUAAUCUAAGAACAGGAGGUUCAAGAUCACUGGCUGGUGGUGAUCCAGUUAUUGCAGAAAACUUGUUUAGGUUCGGUGACCAUGAUGGAAUAGGCUCUGAAGUACUUCUUCAACAUCCGUUAGGUGUUUUAUGUGGAAAGGAUGGUCAAGUUUAUAUUGCAGAUUCUUAUAAUCACAAGAUUAAGAAACUAGAUCCAGAUAGUAAAAGGGUGACUACAUUAGCUGGUGUUGGUGAGGCUGGUUUCAAAGAUGGAGCAGCGGUGGCAGCUCAGUUCUCAGAACCAUCUGGAAUUGUUGAAGCAGAAAAUGGAAUAAGAGACAUAAAUAAUCACAAUGAAAUUGGUGGUCUAAACUCUGCAAUCCUCACAAAUUAUUGCAGGAGCUCUAUCACGCUUAAUUUAUAUAUACUCAUCUUAAGCUGCACUAGCAAGAAUAGUAGGAGUGCUGGUUAUGCAUCACAGUAGUUUGUAAUUGACCAAGUAGAUGUUCCUGCUAAAGAAUUAAGUUUAAGGUCUAUUUUCAUGUGGGAUGAGUAAUUCUGUUAAAAGAAAUCAAAUUAUGACAACACUCAGUCCUGCAUAAACACGUGUGAAGUGUUCAUGGCUCAUUCCUGCAUAAACACUUCUCAACUGAUCUGCUCCUAUAUCUUAAGUUACCUCAUUUUGCUUUUCUAUCACAAUUGUCCUGAGAGAGAGAGAGAGAUACUUGGGAUUUUGGUGCAUUAGAAGCUGCACCUAAGGUGUAUCAUGUCUCUUGAUGGAGCAUGGCACCAGUUAUGUCCUAAAAAAAUAUUGGUGGCUAUCAAGGCCAUUGUUAUGUAUACUUCUUGCACGAGUGAGCAAUUUGGUGAUGAUUGUGAAGGCAAAGCCAAAAAGAAGAAAUUUGGGAGAAGACGGGAUGAUAUACACUUCUGGUCACUAGGGUAUCAAUUGCUUAAGAUUCAUUAAUACUUUUUGCAAUGUCUUCAAUUGUUUAAGGGACUUUAGUCUCAUUGACAAGUUAAACCAAGAAAAUGUACCCUGCAAUGGCAAUGUUAUUCCAGAAUAUGAGAUCCAAGUCUUAAGUUUUGAGUUAGAUCGUACCUUUGUUUGUAUCUCUGUGUUUUGAAAAUGUAACAGCUGAUACUUGUAUUUGAUGCUAUUUUAUAUAACCU